AGACCACUCUCAUUUCCCAGCCAAAAAGGAAAAAAGCCGCCACUCUCUUAGUCUCUUCAUCUUCUCUCUCUUUCCUAGCUCUCAAUUUUCUACCUCAAUAUCAAACUUUGUGGGAUUUGUUUUUGGGAGAUUCUCUACAAUCUUCAUCUUUAUACUUCAAUUUCUACGGUAAGUUCAGUUAUAUUAAACUAAUAUAGUUAUUUUAUCUAUGUUUUCUUUGAUCUUAGGCCUUUUCAUCACAAAGUGUUAGAGAAUCUACUAAUGCAAGGAUAUGGUGGUUGAGUGACUCGUUUCUAGAUAAUGUCUUAUUGUUAACUUAGGAAAACUUUCUUGUGUAAUGGAUUGUAAGUUGUAGCUGAUUAAACUAAUUGAGCUAAUGAGAGUCUUUCCUUUGUAAAUUUGUCUUGAUAACUUAUUGUCUGAUUUGUAUUAAUAUAAUAUCUGAACUUUGUGUUUUGGACUUUCUCAAAGCAUAUUUCAAAGUUGUAAUAAGGAUGCAGGUAAUGUCAUGGAAAUUGUUUUAAAUUGCACGACGCAGGUAUCAUUUAAAUGGUUAGAAAAUAGAAAUUUUGUAUUUUUAAAAAGCCCGUUAGCCCGUGGACAGCCCGGCCCUUUUACAGGACGGGUAGCGGCACCAGUUUUUAGCCCGCAAACAGGGUCGGGCUUUACCUCAGCAGGCCCGUUGGACAAAAAUUUUGAGCAUGGCCCGGCCCGUGUCCGGCCCAAGCCUGCAAAUGAUCAGCUCUACUAUGGGGUUACUCCUAGCUAGGUAAUUACAGUCAACCUUUAAUCAUCUUUACCCACCUUUUUUGUUUUGUUAUUCUUGUACGUAUUGAUAUACGAAUCUAGAUAGAAGUUUCACAACAUAGGUUUUCUAAAUGGUAGAGAUCAAUCAAAACUUUUUGAGGACAACAUUCAAAAUUCUCAAAGUAAAACUCAUUUUUGUAUUUGACGAUGGAGAAAUCUACUAGCUAGCAAAAUGAUUAUAGAAGAGGCAAGCUUGGAUAUGGUGUUUUCGUGGUCUUUUUGAGACGUACAAAACAAAAAAUCAUUACGAGGAUGAGGGAAUUCCUAACUACCGAACAAGCUUUAGAAGAUUUUGCAGUCAUUAUUCGAAGCUUCAAGGCCAAUAUAUCUGCUCACAAUUCACCUGUUAUAGUCGUGGGCAUGGGCUACGCUGGAGUAUUGGCAGCAUGGUUGCGAUUGAAAUAUUCAAAUAUCGUUGUUGGAGCUCUUGCAUCUUCAACUCCAUUAUGGUACUAUGGUAACACUACCCCAAGAGAAGGAUAUUGCUCAAUUGAUAGCAGUGAUUUCAAGGAUGUUGAUCCAACAUGCUAUGAGAGGAUCAAAGAAUCGUGGAAAGAUAUUGAUGAUGUUUCCUUGGAACCAAAUGGUUUGGCAAAGCUUAGCCACUAUUUUAACACAUGCAGGCCUUUGCAAUCCUCUGAUGAGAUAAAGGGAUUGCUUGCUCAAUUAUAUUCAUUCCUCGCCCAAUUUGGACUCCCGGACAUCACGACUGUUUGUGCAGAAAUUAGUACACCCCCCAAAGUAAUCGACGGUUUAGUUAAUGUUUUAUAUACACUAAUGGAUGGAGGAGCCUGUUUUGAUACUAUACUUGUUGGAGUGUACUCUCCGUUCGAACCCCAUUCAAAUUUAACAAGUGCUUGGGCUUGGCUGAGAUGUAAGGAGUUGAUCUUUCCAGUCGGAUGUGUACGAAAUACCAUGCUUCCUCCCCGGCCUUUCGAUAUGACUCAAUUCAAGCAAUCAUGUCAAAGGAGAUUUGGGAUUGUUCCACAUCCACCCAUGAGAUUGUUUGGGAGUCAUAAUGUGGUAGAAUCUCUAAUCGGUUUCAAAGAAGGAAACAUUAUCUUUACCCAAGGACUCAGGGAUCCUUUAUCUAGUGGAGCGAUAUUGAAGGAUCUAUCAGAGACUAUUAUCACAAUAACAGCCACUGAGGGCAAUAACAGUUGGGAUAUGAAGUACUCGAGGGAUAAAGAUCCUGAAUGGUUAGUAGAAAAAAGAGAAGAAAUUUGGAAGACAUUCAAACAUUGGAUCAACAAGGGAUCUGAUCAUCGACACUGUAGGAGUCUUAUGUACAUCUUAUUACUAGAGCUUCUGGUACUUUUCACGACUAGUUAACGGAGUUAGUCUAUAUACGUACAUAUAAUUAUUUUUAUUUAUCGAGUUAGAUUAUGGGUGCGUUCUGUUCAACUUAUUUCACCUGAACUUAUCUGAACUUAUCUGAUCUUAUCUGAACUUAUCUGAACUUAUCUGAUCUGAACUUAUCUGAACUUAUUGGAACUUA